GUUGAAUGAGCUGCGAACGCGUGAACGUCAAUUGAAUUUUGAACGGAAACAGAACGCGUCCGCUCUGCUAAUUAAAAUCGAGUGCGUUCUUCGGCAUCUAUCCAGCAGAUACAACCAAAUUGCAGCUGCCACAACUUACAGCAACAACAGUGGCAUGUGCGCCUGCAUGUGUGUGUAUGUGCGUGAAAUCUAUAAAUACUUCUUAUUUGCGGCCUCUGCGACCACAAAAAAGCCGUGAAAGUGAAAUGUUGUGACCAGAGUAUCUGUUAAAUACAAUUUAAUUGCUUCAAUAGAGCUCAGAAAACACGACGCAAAUUAAUGAAAAUUUGAAAACCUACUUACAAACGUGCUAUUUUUUGUUGUUCAUACUUUCGGAACAUUUUUAUCUCACCGCCGUGUUUUCAUGCCUCGUUCGCAUUUGUUUUUGUUAUUGUUCUUUUUGUUGGUGCUGCUCUGGCCUGAGAGCCGCCGCCGCAGCCACCCCCCCUUAUAUAGUCGUCGGCCAUUCAGCCUCAACAAGUAAUUCAAAACGUUGCCGCUCGGCUUCGUUGAACUGGAAGGCGCGGCAUGCAGCAUUUUAAAUACAAGAACAGCCCAACGACGUCCUUGAGCUCAUAAUUUAUACACCUGUUUAAGCGCUCAACUGUAAAACAACAACAACAACGUGAACACGCACUUUUGUUUUUGUCGCAAAAACCGGGAAAAAUAAAAUCCAAAAAUGAAUAAUUUCACAACAACAACAGCCACUCCAGCAACUAAGGAAGCGCUGCCCAGAACGGGACACGUUACUGAAGUCUGCAAGAAGUGGCUGGAGCGUGAGGAUGGCGCCCUGGCCUACAAACUGCAAUCCCAGGAGAUUAAUGACUUCUAUAAGGGCAAUCGUUAUCGCAAUGCGGUAGUGCGCGAAGAUUUCCCAACGGCCCUCCAUGAACAAAUCAAAGAAACUGAGAAUGCACAACGGCAAGUGGAGGCCUACAGAAGACGCCUAACAGAGCAGGAGGAGCAUGACAAACGCAUUGCCAAAGAAAUUGCAGACAAACUGGAACGCGACUUGCAAGAACAGCAACAGAAGGAGUUGCACGAAAGCGAACUCAUAGCCCAACAAAUGCAGGAAAUUUAUGUGAACUUGCCGCCCGUGCCGCCUCCCAGUUGCCGUGACAAGGCCCGUCCACCCCCACGACCUGCCAAAGCAAGUAUUCUACAACAGCAGCUGCUGCAACAACAACAACAACAACAACAGCAACAGACAUGUCAACCACAUAUAUCAAAUGGAAAUGUUGAGCCGACUAGCUCCACACAAGCUAGAUAUCACCACAGUCAGCCACAGCCACAGCCACAGGCUCAGCAACCAUUGCUACUGCAGCAGCAACAUUUCUCACAAACAGACAACUAUGUAGGACUAUCGCUCAUACCAAAUAUUGUAGAUAUGCCAACAAGCACACCAGUUAGACAAAAACCCACACAGCACCUUACCAACUAUAGCAACAACAACCACAACAACAACAACAACAACAAUCAGCUGUUGGUGAGUGACGCUGAACAAACGUCACGCUUCCAUCAUCAGCAGCAACAGCAGCAGCAGCCACAACAUCAAAUAUCACCAACCUCAACAACCACUGCAGCCACACGCCGCCAUCAAUCGCAAUCGCAAUCGCAAUCUCAAUCACCACGCACACCAACAAAUAUUUUGCACACACCCACACACACGAGCACCGCAUCGUUAAUCGACGAUUUUGUCGAUUAUGCUGAUGUUGCUGACAGCAUACGCUCCUAUGAUAUGUCAGCAGCAACAUCUGCCGAUGCUCUCGAUGCCAGCACCAGCACCACCACCACCAUCACCACCUCUCAUUAUAAACAACGCUCGCCAUCCCAUGAGAAUUUGCUUAAAACUGAACCCAAAUUUCAGAAGUUGUCGCCGGAGAAAUACGAUCAGAUGGUGGGGAACUUUGGCGUUACGGCGGGCAAGGUCGCUGAGCGGCACAUGCAACAGCAUGCCGACGACAUCGAGGUCUAUGUGGAUCCCUGUGAUUAUGCCAGUUUGCGUGAAAUCGGAAUGCCCAUGGAAGAGAUCAAGGAGCUGAGCAAGAAACUGAAACAGGAGCAAAAAGAUGAGUUGCUGGCACGUCGGCUGCAGGCCAUUGAGUCGAAGGACACCGUCAGGCAGGAGGAACGUGAUCGCAUGCUGGCGAUUGAAGCUCAAGACAAGGAACUGGCCAAAAUGCUGCAAGAACGGGAGAAGGCCAAAGCUAAGCGUGCCAAGGAGAAGGCGCGCCUGCGCAAGAAGGAGGCCGCAGCUGCAGCCGCCUCCGGCAACAAUUCCACACUCUGCGGCAGCAGCAACAACUCACACUGCGGCCCAUUGCUGCCACUGCCACAGGACUGCAUGUCCGGCCACAAGUCACAGCCGCCACGACCGCUCGAUGAGAAUGUCAUCGAUGUAGAGGCCUAUUCGAAUCCCAUAGACGUACUGAGCAGCCAUCAACGAACCCAAAACGGCACUCUGACCAAUGGCAGUCUGACGCGCGAUUCGGGCUCGGCUCACAGCUCCAUGCAGCGACAUCAUCGCCUCAAUGGCAGCUUGAGUCGUGAGGACGAUAUCUACACGCUGCCCGUGGACAGCUGCCGGCCUGGACAGAGGCCCGUUUCUCUGCACAUGGCCGCUGAAACGGGACAGCAGCAGCAAUCUCAAAACUCCAUGACGCGUUCGGAGCAUUAUGGCUCGGAGAGCUCGCACGAUGAAACGCUUCACCUGAAUGGUCACGAUUUAUCGCCACACGUCAAAUACUCGAACUCGGCAAAUUUUGAUCAAAGCUCCAGUCCCACGCCGCCUUACAUGCCAAUUCAAGGUACGCGCAGAUCGAAUUCAAGUGAGGAUCGAAAAAAGAAAUCCAAGGACAACAAAUGCACUCACCAAUAAAGUCUGAUGGCAAAAAUCGUAGCUUUCACACAUACUUACAUAUUCAAACAUACAUAUACUAUACAAGUAUACACAUACUAUAUAAACAUAUAUUUUGAUGUUCUUCCUUCAAUUGACUACGUACUUUAUUAUGACAAUGAAAUUGUUUUGCUGCCUCUUCGUAA